UGAGCAGCAUAUGGACAGUAAGCGCUGGCAACUCGCUACUCGUUACUCAGUGCUCACACCUCAUAGUGAACCACGCGGGGUCACUUGUUAACCUUUGCUGUUUCCUUAACGUCUUACUAAACAGCUCUUGCUCGUUCUCUCGUUAGUCCAGACGAGGUGACAAGAUCAGGCCAGUAAGAUGCCCAAACUGCCCCAGAAAAAGUAUUACCGGCAGAGAGCUCACUCCAAUCCCAUCGCGGACCACAACUUUGACUACCCAGUAUGUCCUGAUGAAAUGGACUGGAGUGCGCUGUACCCCAAACACUGCCAGGGAGGUAGUGACAAGAAAGUAGAGUUUGCAGACAUUGGCUGUGGCUAUGGGGGACUGCUAGUAUCUUUGGCUCAAGUAUUUCCCGAGACAUUGAUGCUGGGGAUGGAGAUACGAGUCAAGGUGUCAGACUUUGUAAUUGAUCGCAUCAAAGGUCUGCGGGAGGAGAAGCAGGAUGUGCCUGGAGGAUACCAGAAUAUUGCCUGCAUCAGGACCAAUGCAAUGAAGUACUUGCCAAACUAUUUUGAGAAAGGACAGCUGAGCAAAAUGUUCUUCCUGUUUCCUGAUCCUCACUUCAAGAGGGCAAAACAUAAAUGGAGGAUCAUUAACUCCUCACUUCUGGCUGAGUAUGCAUACGUCUUACGUCAAGGGGGUCUGGUGUACACAGUCACUGAUGUUAAGGAUCUUCAUGACUGGAUGGUUCAUCAUUUUACUGAACAUCCGUUAUUUGUUUGUGUGACGGAAGAUGAAUUGGUGGAUGACAAAGUAGUGGAGCACUUGUUUGACAGUUCUGAGGAGGGGCAGAAGGUGUCUCGUAAUAGUGGAGAGAAGUUUCUUGCAGUGUUCCGGAGAGUAAGUGGCCCUGUGCAAGCAGAUGCAAGAACGGAAUGAAUAUAUGAAGACGGAGAGUGUGGAGCUGAGGACAAGGACUAGAAAGAAAGGAAUGGUGGUCAGUAUGGAGGAUGCAGCUUGAGGACCAUUGUCAGUGGGAGAUGCUCAUGCUCAUAAUGACUGUGCCUCUCAAGAAGAUACUAUGAAAACUGUGUGCCCUGAAAAUGAAUGUAUGGAAUUUAGCAUGAAAAUAAAAGGAAAAAUUGA